AAUAUCUCCAUAUAUUUAUACAAUAUACAUAUAUAUUCCGGUACUCAGAAGGAAAAGAGAAAAAGGAAAGAAGAAAACACCACACGUAAAUCGUUGUUAAUGCCAACUAUUUCUCUCUGUUUCCAAACGCCAUAACGUUAAUCAAAAUAUCAUUCAUUCAAACAACCCCUUGCCUGCACCACAAUUAAACCAAUAACACCUUUUCGUCUUUCUUUUUGGUUUUUCCCAAUUCAACGCCCUCAAUCACCGCCGUUUCUUCUCCCUUUUCCUCUCACUAAUUCUCCAAAUCAUUCGACGCCAACAUUGUUAAAACACAACCCAUAAACCCUAGAGGAUUAUACACCUUUUUCUUUUUUCUGGCUUCUCUUUCUUUGUUAUCGCACUCUGUUUUUUUUUCCCUUUCCUCCACUUUCUCGCGGGUUUUUUUUUCUGGAAAACAUGAGGGAACCCCAUCUGGGUUUCUGGGGUUCUUUCCUUGUUCUGCUCCUUUUGUUCCCCCUGUACGCGCCAGUGCAGUCCCAGUCGGGUCCCGACGGAGUAGCUAUGGAAGCUCUGCGCAAAAGCAUCGGCCCAAACAGUCUGGGAUGGUCCGGCUCCGAUUACUGUAAAUGGAGCAAAGUGAGUUGCAAAAACGACAACAAGGUCUUCAAGAUCCAAAUAGGGAACCAAAAACUCACCGGCUCACUUCCAACGGAACUCCAAAAGCUCGCAUAUUUGCAACAAUUGGAAGUUCAGUCCAACGAACUCACCGGGCCCUUCCCAAGCCUUUCUGGGCUGACUUCGCUUCAGGUCCUUAUCGCCCACAACAACAACUUCAGUUCCUUCCCCCCAGAUUUCUUCGUCGGACUCACUAACCUCUACAGCAUCGACAUCGACUACAACCCCUUCUCGGCGUGGCAGAUUCCGGGCACUAUCACAAACGCCACGGUGCUGAAGCAUUUCUCCGCCACUAGCGCCAACAUCACUGGUAAAAUCCCCGACUUUUUUACCGGCACCAAUUUCCCAAGUUUGAUUGAUUUGCACAUGUCUUUCAAUUACCUUGAAGGCGAAUUGCCCGCCAGUUUUUCCGGUUCUAUGAUUCAGUCUCUUUGGUUGAAUGGUCAACAGGGUACCAAUAAGCUUAAUGGUACCAUUGAUGUGUUACAGAAUAUGACUAACUUGCAUGAUGUUUGGUUACAUGGUAAUUCCUUCACGGGUCCUAUACCGGACUUUUCAAAAUUGAGUAACUUAGCCGCUUUGAGUUUGAGGGAUAACAAGUUCACGGGCGUUGUUCCCGCGUCUUUGGUGAAUCUUAAUUCCCUUACUGCCGUCAAUUUGACCAACAAUAUGCUUCAAGGACCCAUGCCCAAGUUUGGAGAUGGUGUUAAGGUGGAUAUCACUGGGCUUAAUAGCUUUUGCAAUGAUAAACCUGGUUCUGAUUGUGAUCCCCGUGUCAAUAUAUUGCUUUCCAUCGUCAAAGACAUGGGUUACCCUACAACUUUUGCAGAAAAUUGGAAAAAGAAUGAUCCUUGUGAUAAUUGGAAGGGGAUUACCUGUAAUGGACGAAACGUUACUGUUAUCAAUUUUCCGAACCUGGGGCUUGCAGGCACGAUUUCUUCAAAUUUUUCUCUGCUUACUUCGUUGCGAACAUUGAGACUUGAUAGUAAUCAUCUCACCGGUACCAUACCAAAGGAGCUUACGCAACUGCCUGACCUUCAAGAAAUAGAUCUCAGGAAUAAUCAACUUUAUGGUAAAAUACCGGCUUUUAAAAGUAAUGUGAUUGUGAAAACAGAGGGGAACCCUGAUAUUGGUAAGGAUCAUAUUUCGCCAAACACGCCUCCGGGUCCUAAUCCUACACCUGGCCCACCGUCAGAUGGUGCAGGUAAGAAAUCUAGGACUGCGGUGGUUGUCGGGGCUGUCAUUGGAAGUGUUGGUGGAUUGGUUGUACUUGGGUUUGUUGCUUUCUGUCUGCUUAAGAGAAAACAUAAGCAUUCUUCUGGCAGAGUGCAAAGUCCAAACACAUUGGUAAUUCAUCCUCGUCACUCUGGUGAUCAAGAUGCAGUGAAGGUCACAGUUGCUAGCUCUAGGGUUAAUGGCGGUGGAAAUGAGUACUAUAAUAGUCCCACAAGUAGUGGACCUAAUGACAUUCAUGUGGUUGAGGCUGGAAAUAUGGUAAUUUCCAUCCAAGUUUUGCGGAAUGUGACCAAUAAUUUCAGCGAAGAUAAUAUAUUGGGAAAAGGAGGGUUUGGAACUGUGUACAAAGGAGAAUUGCAUGAUGGGACGAAGAUUGCAGUGAAGAGGAUGGAAUCUGGUGUGGUGGCUGGGAAGGGUCUAAAUGAGUUCAAGUCAGAGAUUGCAGUUCUUACUAAGGUCCGACAUCGCCACUUGGUUGGACUUCUUGGCUAUUGUUUGGAUGGAAACGAGAGGCUUCUUGUCUAUGAAUACAUGCCUCAAGGAACUCUUAGUCAACAUUUGUUUAACUGGAAAGAGGACGGGCUGAAGCCACUUGAAUGGACAAGAAGGCUGACCAUUGCCUUGGAUGUUGCAAGAGGGGUUGAGUACCUACACGGUUUGGCCAACCAGACUUUCAUUCAUAGGGAUCUUAAACCUUCAAACAUUUUACUUGGAGAUGAUAUGCGUGCUAAGGUGUCGGACUUUGGACUAGUUCGUCUUGCUCCAGAAGGGAAAGCCUCAAUUGAGACGAGACUAGCUGGAACUUUUGGCUAUUUGGCUCCAGAAUAUGCUGCAACUGGACGGAUGACACUCAAGGUAGAUGUGUAUAGCUUCGGAGUGAUCUUAAUGGAGCUGAUCACAGGUAGAAAAGCAAUUGAUGAAAGCCAGCCUGAGGAGAGCUUGCACCUAGUCACAUGGUUCCGUAGAAUGCUGAUUAACAAGGAUGCACUCCGCAAGGCCAUCGAUCCAACAAUUGAUAUUAGUGAGGAAACCCUUUCUAGUAUUAGCACGGUUGCUGAGCUUGCUGGGCAUUGCACCGCAAGGGAGUCCUACCAGAGGCCUGACAUGGGUCAUGCAGUCAAUGUACUUUCGUCCCUUGUUGAGCAUUGGAAACCAUCUGAACCUGAAGAUUAUGAUGAUAUGUAUGGAAUUGACCUCGAAAUGACCCUGCCACAAGCACUAAAGAAGUGGCAGGCUUUUGAGGGUAAUAGCAACCUUGAUGAAUCUUCUUCAUCUUCAUCGUUCUUUGCCAGCGGCGAUAAUACCCAAACCAGCAUACCUACUCGCCCAUCUGGAUUUGCAGAUUCGUUUACAUCAGCUGAUGGGAGGUAAAGGUAGAGAAAAGAAGUUGAGUUACAUUGAAGGUUCCAAGUGGUUGUAGUGCACUGUUUAUUCCUUCACCAUUGUGCUUCAUGUUUGCUCUUCUUGUAAGGCUUGUGCUUAUUUUUCCCGAUCUGACAGGGGAUAUAUAUAUUUUUUGCUCUUUUUUUUAUUUUUUAUUUUAUUUUUAUGUUGAGAUUAGUUUAAAUUUCUGGUACUUAAGAAAUUGUGGAGAUUAUUAGUAGAGACAGAAGAGAAAUAUUGAAAAGAAAGAGUAUCUUUAGUGCUCAUACUUCUCGUUGGGCUUGGUGGUUUAGUUUAUAUUUGUUACAUUUACAUAUGUGUGUAUUCUAAAAUAUCGAUAAUAUCGACGAAAUAUGGAGGAUGUUAUUGUUUUUUUGGGUCAA